GAACGUUUCUGUUUCCCGUCACUACAUAAAUUUCUAGACGGGUAUCCCUGAGCCUUACCACCCUUCUUUCUUACCCUCACCUUCCCUUCAUCCCACCAACUACAUUUGCUCUAUACAUCACGACCAUGGUCGCCCCUUCUGCCAUCGCGAGCCCAUCUGGGAGGUUUUUGCCGCAGUGUUGGGGUCACCGUGGUGCUUCGGCGGCGUUCCCAGAAAACACGCUUGCAAGCUUCGAAGCCGCUAUCCGCGAUGGGGCAGAAGGCAUCGAAAGCGGUAUUUGAUUAGCUUUCAUCGUUACCGUCGUCCAUAAUACCCUGAGAGGGGGGCCGCGCGCGUUUUGAAAUGUCGUUCUCUCCUCUUUCCUGAUUGUUGUUUCAAAACUUCAUGCGUAGAGAAAAUCGAUGUCUAUGGUUGUAUAAGCGCUAGGCCCCCCUAACCAACCCCUCCUCUCCCCAUCCCCCUCUUCCAUUUCUGCUCUCGAAGGACAUGUUUCGUGACCUCCGCCACAGACGUACAUGUUUCGCUAGACGACGUGGUCAUCAUGUUCCAUGAUCCAGAUCUGUCCCGUACUACGAACUCGGGCGGUCACAUCAAGAGCAGGAAUUGGUACGGUCAGGACGGCAUGGAGCAUGUCCGCACAAAUAAAGAACCCAAGCAGGCCAUCCCUACAUUCGCGGAAACCAUUGUAUUAUUGAUGAAGCCUGAAAACCAUCAUGUCAAAUUUAACAUCGAUGUCAAAGUGCAGAACGACCCCGGCCACCUUUUCUCUCUGAUGCACAAGAUCGUAUCUGCUCAACCGGAAUGGGAGACCCUGCUCGCGCCUAGACUGUUGUUGGGUCUAUGGCAUCCCAAGUUCUUGGCAUAUGCCAAGGCUAGGAUGCCUUAUUGCGAUAGGUCGUAUCUAGGCAAUAGUCCGGAUUUGGCGAGGAAAUAUUUUUGGGAUGACUGUGGAACGAUGUCGAUGUCGUUUUCGUCUAUGGCCGGGAAGGAUGGAGAGAGGUUCCGGAAAGAUUGCAGGGCAGCGGGAAAGAAAUUGAUGGUCUGGACUGUGAAUGAACCACAUCAGAUGAUGGAGGUGUCAAGAUGGGGUGCGGAUGUUGUUAUAACCGACUUUACCCAAGCGUGGUUGAACUUGCGAAAAGCUUUGGGCACCGAUUACGAGAAAACAGGAGGUAAAUAUGGCCGUAUAUUCCUGUGGAUGAAGUUCAAGUACUACGCGCCCUACCAAUUGUUCAUGGAAUACGGGUCUCAACGCUGGUUAGAGAGCGUUGCUGGUCCGUUCGCUUAUGGCGACCUUACAGUUGCCGAUGGUCCCCACGAAUCCGCCUUUCGAUCUACGGCUUGAAGGGCCCGAAAGACAAUAUUUCCUUUACACUCAACGCGCUGUCAGUAUGGAUAUGUGCAUGGACCGGAUUUGGAUAUAGAUAGAUGCACAUGUUUUCUAUAGAUUUUUUGAGCUCAACAAACGUUUAUGUUACUAGUUUUACUCGAUUGGAUGACAGCCCCUAGCAUCAUGACUCCACUGCGACGGACACCUCUUGACAUCCUUGAGACCGUGACAACUUGAAUACUUGACUUAGUAGCAGCCCGGGUCCAGU